AUGAUGAUGAUGAUGAUGAUGAUGAUGAUGAUGAUGAUGAUGAUGAUGAUGAUGAUGAUGAUGAUGAUGAUGAUGAUGAUGAUGAUGAUGAUGAUGAUGAUGAUGAUGAUGAUGAUGAUGAUGAUGAUGAUGAUGAUGAUGAUGAUGAUGAUGAUGAUGAUGAUGAUGAUGAUGAUGAUGAUGAUGAUGAUGAUGAUGAUGAUGAUGAUGAUGAUGAUGAUGAUGAUGAUGAUGAUGAUGAUGAUGAUGAUGAUGAUGAUGAUGAUGAUGAUGAUGAUGAUGAUGAUGAUGAUGAUGAUGAUGAUGAUGAUGAUGAUGAUGAUGAUGAUGAUGAUGAUGAUGAUGAUGAUGAUGAUGAUGAUGAUGAUGAUGAUGAUGAUGAUGAUGAUGAUGAUGAUGAUGAUGAUGAUGAUGAUGAUGAUGAUGAUGAUGAUGAUGAUGAUGAUGAUGAUGAUGAUGAUGAUGAUGAUGAUGAUGAUGAUGAUGAUGAUGAUGAUGAUGAUGAUGAUGAUGAUGAUGAUGAUGAUGAUGAUGAUGAUGAUGAUGAUGAUGAUGAUGAUGAUGAUGAUGAUGAUGAUGAUGAUGAUGAUGAUGAUGAUGAUGAUGAUGAUGAUGAUGAUGAUGAUGAUGAUGAUGAUGAUGAUGAUGAUGAUGAUGAUGAUGAUGAUGAUGAUGAUGAUGAUGAUGAUGAUGAUGAUGAUGAUGAUGAUGAUGAUGAUGAUGAUGAUGAUGAUGAUGAUGAUGAUGAUGAUGAUGAUGAUGAUGAUGAUGAUGAUGAUGAUGAUGAUGAUGAUGAUGAUGAUGAUGAUGAUGAUGAUGAUGAUGAUGAUGAUGAUGAUGAUGAUGAUGAUGAUGAUGAUGAUGAUGAUGAUGAUGAUGAUGAUGAUGAUGAUGAUGAUGAUGAUGAUGAUGAUGAUGAUGAUGAUGAUGAUGAUGAUGAUGAUGAUGAUGAUGAUGAUGAUGAUGAUGAUGAUGAUGAUGAUGAUGAUGAUGAUGAUGAUGAUGAUGAUGAUGAUGAUGAUGAUGAUGACGAUGAUGAUGAUGAUGAUGAUGAUGAUGAUGAUGAUGAUGAUGAUGAUGAUGAUGAUGAUGAUGAUGAUGAUGAUGAUGAUGAUGAUGAUGAUGAUGAUGAUGAUGACGAUGAUGAUGAUGAUGAUGAUGAUGAUGAUGAUGAUGAUGAUGAUGAUGAUGAUGAUGAUGAUGAUGAUGAUGAUGAUGAUGAUGAUGAUGAUGAUGAUGAUGAUGAUGAUGAUGAUGAUGAUGAUGAUGAUGAUGAUGAUGAUGAUGAUGAUGAUGAUGAUGAUGAUGAUGAUGAUGAUGAUGAUGAUGAUGAUGAUGAUGAUGAUGAUGAUGAUGAUGAUGAUGAUGAUGAUGAUGAUGAUGAUGAUGAGUGA